AUGAUGAACUCGACCGAGGAUAUUGCAACGCACUCAGAGCAAUUAAAACUUGAUCCAAUUUCAACGUCCGAUAACAUACCCCAAGUCACGAUAGAGACUAUUAGUAGUCUACCAAAUUCUGAGUUAUCAAGAAAUAAUGUAAUCCUUCUUACUGACACAAACAACAAACUCUCGAAUAAUGUGGAUGCAAACAACAAACUCUCGGAAGAUCUUCCAAAAGAAAGAAAAGUUCUGAGUUUAAUUGCGGAUCCAAGUUCUUAUUAUGAAAUGGGGCAUUGGGGGGCGUUCGGGAGGGAUGGUAAAUUGGGAUUUGGUGGGAUCAUAACCCCAAGGAGGACGAUGUCAUUGACUUACAAGAAGCAAAAUUCAAGUCACAUCGACUCUGGUCCUGCAGUGUUCACCAGUGAACUUACCCGUGGUUUGGCCAAAGAAAACCAUUUAAAUGCGGAUGAUACGUUCCAAGAAUCACGAGUCCAUCAACCACUCGAUGAAAUUUCCCAUAAACCAACAACCCUUAGCCCACCUUCACCUUUGCAAUUAAUUUACACAAAAGACGUGUCAGAUACUUCCGGAGUGAGAAGAUUCUUUCACCAUAACAGAGCUCAUUCUUACACGCCUAACGCGAGCGGUGCAUCGUUCCCCUUGGAGAUUCCUAAGC